ACAGAACGGCGACUUGGAAAACGAGCCAACACAGUAGUGGGCUUUGCAACCUUGGACCAGUCAAUUUUUACAGGGAAGGACAUCGUGGAAUAAGAGACAGAAGUGAAGACGGAAGGCCUUCAUAUUCCGCUGUGCCGGCGGGUAAUACUGAUGAAAUCCCAUGGUCGUACCGGUGCGAGGAUUAUUUCUGCGAUUUGGUCAAGAUAAGAUAACGGCUUCCUUUUUUUGGAUCUUCAUUCCUCGCCAUCAUGUCUCUUCAAGAAAAGGUGCAAACAGUUGCACAAGAGUUCCAAAUGCUCCAGGCUGAUAUGGCCAAGGUCGUGGAGGCCAGAGAGAAAUUGGGCACUCAACAAUCCGAGAAUGAGCUCGUGAAGAAAGAAUUCGCCAAACUCACGCCAUCGAAUGCGGUGUAUAAACUCAUUGGGCCCGUACUUGUGAAGCAGGACCAGGCAGAGGCGAAGAGCAACGUUAAUACACGGCUAGACUUUAUCAAGGGUGAAAUAAAACGAGUCGAGGCCCAAAUACAGGACAUUGAGGCCAAGUCGGAGCAGAAGAAAAGAGAAUUUGCCGCUGCACAGACCGCUCUCCAACAACAACAGCAAAAUCUAGAAGCAACAACAACGGCAUAAUGCUUUUACCUCUCUCCCUGUAGCACCUCUUCCUGUAUCUAUAUUGCCUGAAUGAAUCUUUCGUCCCUACUUUUUCGUAGGUUG